AUGCGAACCAUUUUUAUUCCAGGGAAAAGAUGUUGGACAUAUUUCUGUGUAAUUGUUUUUUUAAACGCGAUCAGUCUUUAUUUUGGAUGGACUUUGUUUGAGAAUUUGACUCACGUCAGCAACCGUCGAAGACUGAGUAGUCGUCUGCGACAAGGUGCAUCGCAAGGCCCUCUUUCUUACCUACCAAAUAUUCGGGCAACAUUUCCCUCUAUUCAAGCCGUUACUCCAUUCCACGGGGACGUGACCCCUCUGUCGUUCAGCGAUGACCUUAGCGAUAACCAGAAGAUGGAACUUUUUUUGCGUAUACAAAGACCGCCGGAGAUGAGCAGAGGAGAAAAUGCGACCGAAGAGAGCGAAUCAAGGGCUCGAACGAAAGCAGAAACUAGUAAGGUCAGGAAAAGACGAAAAUCUAUUCGGACCACUCUUAAAAACCAACUAAUUUCAACCGGGUCAGCGAUAGCAACAACGGCGAAAGGCAUGCAACAAAAAAUACACGAAAACAACUUAUUAUCGUGGAAGCAGACAAUCUUUCUCAACAGACAAGGCAACGGCGCCUUUUCGGUUGGCCGCAGUAGUGAUAUAAAAAGCAUGAGUAGAAAUUCAAAGAAAGCAGACGAUAAAAAGAGCUACGCCUCAUCGCGCACGUUGGAAUUUUUCAAUACACGCAUGGAUGCUAAGGAGUUAAGGGCAUUUACAGAUAUAUUGUAUAGGUUUGUAGAACUAGUAACCGCUCACAAUCUCACGUACUUUUUAUACAGCGGAACUUUACUUGGAUCCUACCGGCACCAUGGAAUUAUACCGUGGGACGACGAUAUGGACGUCAUGAUGAAUAUUAGCGACAAACCAAUAAUCAGAAGAGUCCUUUCAAGUCGUUUGCCGAAUUACUUACUGAACGAUAAACAAGGCAAACGUUGGAAAUUUUUCUCUACUUUAUCGCGACCGAUCCCCGGUAUUUCCUGGUCAUGGCCCUACCUGGAUAUAAGCUUCUUUGGUGAGAAUCAAACUCAUAUCUGGGACUCGGACCCUGCUUUUAAGUCAUCUUACACUUUUCCCAAAGAAGACGUUUUCCCUCUCUAUAACCGUCCGUUUAUGGAUUCUAUGCUGCCGGCUCCCAGAGACACGGCUCGAUUUUUGGGCGGGCGAUACUCCAUGACCGAAUGCAAGUCCAACACUUACGACCAUCGCAUGGAGAGGUUCGUUUCCAUGUUCAUGCGCAAAUCCAUUCCAUGUGAAACGCUUAAGGAUAUUUACCCGAUGGUUAAUUCAAUAUCUAUCUAUCUAUCUAUCUAUCUAUCUAUCUAUCUAUCUAUCUAUCUAUCUAUCUAUCUAAAGUUGUUUCAAUAUCUAUCUAUCUAUCUAUCUAUCUAUCUAUCUAUCUAUCUAUCUAUCUAUCUAUCUAUCUAA